AUGCCUCGCCGCGUGUUCGAUAAGAAGAAUGCGACCACCUUCGCCCUUGUCCAUCGUGCCCAAAACGAUCCUCGCAUCAACGAUGCCGACGCCCCGAGCAUGGUCUUUGCCGAAUUAAGAGGGCCCCAAGACGCAAAGAAUAGACGCAAGAUCAAGGAACGUGUCGACCUGGAGGAUGAGUUCGGUACAGAUUACAAGCCCCACGAGGGUGAGGCUGCCCAGCACGGUGUCUACUUCGACGACACAAAGUACGACUACAUGCAACAUUUGCGCGACCUGGGUACUGGAGGCGGCGCUGCCACUUGGGUUGAGGCGCCAUCGGCAAAGAACAAAAACAAGGGAAAGAUGAGCCUGGAGGAUGCUCUGCGUGGCAUGAACUUCAAGGACGACGACUUGGAGAGUUAUGGUGGAGAGAGUGUUGCUUCUACUGCAAGUUUGAUGCCCGAAGACAUGCUGCCCAGCGACUUUGUCCGCAAGACCACCUACCAGGAUAUGCAGAACGUACCUGACGCUAUUGCUGGCUUCCAACCCGAUAUGGACCCCCGCCUGCGCGAAGCCCUUGAGGCUCUGGAAGACGAAGCCUAUGUUGACGACGAGGAUGACAUCUUUGAAGAAUUGACCGGUGAUGCUGAGGAAAUCGAUCGUGACGACUGGGAGGGUCUUGAAUUUGACGACGAAGAGGGCCAGGGUUACGUUGACGAUGACGAUGAGGGCUGGCAAUCAGACGAUACAAUCAAGGCUGGAGACAAGGGCGAAAGCCUGCCGCCCCCUGCAGAUACUGCUGCUCCGCCUCCCUCAGAUCCAAGUGAAGGAGCUUGGAUGGAAGAAUUCGCCAAAUUCAAGCAAGACGUCAAGGCCGCAAAGGCUCUUCCCAAGAAGCCAGCUCAGCCAGCGCCGUCAGACAUGCAAUCCAUCAAUACUGGUCUGUCUUCUCUGGCUUCUGGCCGCCGUAAGAAGCGCAAGGGUGCCAUGACCUCAACUUCUGGCUACUCCAUGUCCUCAUCCGCUCUGGUCCGCACUGAUGCUCAGAGUCUGUUAGACCAAAGAUUCGACAAGAUCGAAGAAGCUUACGCUGAAGACGAUUUCGAUGACUACGGUUCCCAAUUCGACGAUGCAGAGUCCAUGGCUUCAGGCAUGACUGGCAUGUCACACGCCUCAGCCAUCAGCUCAUACUCAAGAGCCACCGACUCUGAAGCUCCCAAUCUUGUCCGUAGCGACUUUGACAGCAUCAUGGAUGGUUUCCUUGCUGGCCACUCUCGUGCUGGUAACCGCGGUCGUCACAUCAAGAAGUCAGGAUACCAGACUGGUAUGGAGCAGCUCGAUGAGAUUCGCUUCGGUCUUGGUCCAGCUCGUCUGGGCAAGUCUGCUCGUGCUCAGAGCACUCGUCAUAAGUAA